AUGCCCCGUACCGUUCUCAUCACUGGCUGCUCCGACGGCGGUCUUGGAGCUGCCCUUGCCGUAGCCUUCCACAAACACGGCGACCAUGUCAUCGCGACCGCUAGAAACCCUGCGAAAAUGGCCUCUCUCAAGGCUAUGGGUAUCGAUACUCUGCAGCUUGACGUCUUAUCAGAAGAUUCGAUCAAAGCAGCAGUUCAGGCCACUUCCAAGAUGACAAACAAUUCCCUCGACAUACUAGUCAAUAAUGCAGGAAAAGGCUAUAGCACUCCGCUGAUGGACGCCUCGACAUCUGAAGUCUCCAAGCUGUUUGAACUGAAUACUAUAUCUGCUCUCCGCGUUACUCAAAAUUUCUUCCCUCUCCUGCGCAACUGCAAGGACGGCGCCUUAGUUGUGAAUAACACUUCAUGCGCAAGCGUCAUGCCCGUACCUCUUCAAGGCCCAUACAGCGCCACAAAGGCUGCCCUUGCGUCCUUUUCGGAUGCCCUUCGACAGGAGCUACAGCCCUUCAAUAUCAAAGUCGUCGAUUUGAAGACCGGCACUGUGAAGUCGAACUUUUUCGCAAAUGCCUCGUCGUCGGGGGGCUCUGCAGAUGGUAGUUUGAGACUGCCCAAGGACUCGCUCUAUCUGCCUGGCAGGGAACCGGUGGAGAAAUUUAUGCGGACAGAUAUCGACAUUCCUGUAAUGCCGGCGGAUGAGUGGGCUAUGAAGGUUGUUCGAGACUUGUCAAAGCGAAACCCUCCCUUGCAUGUAUGGCACGGCGGUAAUGCGUUCCAAGUAUGGCUGAGUUCCUUCUUGCCUGUAGGCAUGCUCGACUCGACAUUGAGGAAGAUGACGGGAUUAGAUGUCGUGGAGCGCUACUACCGUGGUUUGAGGGAACAGAAGACGAAAUAG